GACAGAACGGAAUGAGAUUUCUUUGCGAGAAUGGAGAUUGGUUCAUUGUUUGAAAGAAGCAGACAAUGACAUGAACUAUAUUAGUCAAUCUGGGACAACUUUUAAAGCGUUAUUACGUGUUUGAACCAACAAGGGUGAGUUCUAUUGGCCUCUUGACCACUGGCCCCGCAGACCAAGCCAGUAUCAAAGAAUGGACGGGGCAGAAUCUGUACGGUCUGGACGUAGUGACCGAUCUGAACGGUCAAGGCACAGUCAUGGAAGUAGACAUCACCAUCGGCACCAUGUGGGGAGGCACAGCAGCCGUGGCUCUGAACGGAGUGGCAUGAACAGGGAACGGGACCGAGACAGGGACCGGGAUGAUCGUUCUGUGACCAUUAAGAUGCCAGGAAACAUGUCGGAGUGUGAGGACAGACCAUCAGGGGAGGAGAGGAUAGAGGUUCAGAUACUUCCACAGGAUGAUAACUGGGGGGAUAACACAACAGCCUACACAGGUAAUACAAGCGAGACAGGGUUCUCCAUGGAGGAUAUCCGUAAGUUCAAUACCAAGGAGAGUUUCGAGAGCAGUAUCGGGAUAGGCUGCGCCCGAUACGUUGGCACAGCCUUGGCAGGUGUCCUCAGCAUUGCUGGGUUCCUGUCGCCCAUUGCAAUGAUAAUCUUACCCAAACUUCAGAUCAACGGCUGGCAGACGCUGCCUUGUGAUCCGGAGUGUGAAGGACUCUUAAUCAGUUGUGCGUUUAAACUGCUGAUUUUGUUACUUGGAACAGUGGCCUUAUUUUUUCGUCAACCGAAGGCGACGAUGCCUCGGGUGUUUGUAUUUCGUGCUGUAGUUUUAUUUCUUGUAUUUGUUUUAACAUUUGCAUUCUGGUUGUUCUAUGGAGUCCGGAUCUUUAAGGAGCAGAUGUCAGACUAUUACAAGAUUGUACAGUUUUCUGUGUCACUUGUAGAUGCUCUGCUUUUCAUUCAUUACAUUGCUGUCAUCUUGCUUGAAAUCAGACAACUUCAGCCACAAUUUGUCAUCAAAGUCACACGAUCUCCGGACGGGGAGAGCCGCACAUAUAACAUUGGGUGCUUAAGCAUACAGAGAGCUGCAGCUUGGGUAUUGGAACAAUACUAUCGUGACUUCCCUGUCUACAACCCUUAUUUGGAAAUGGUUGCCAAGCGACCUUCCAAGAUGUCGGGACUUAAGUUCUACGAAGUUGAUGGGAACACAACAAAUAAUCAGGGGAAGUCCAGAGCGAUAUUUGCUGCAGCAGCUCGUCGACGAGAUGCCAGUCAUAAUGACCGAUUCUACGAGGAGGUGGAGUAUGACCGCAGAGUGCGUAAACGUCGUGCUCGACUGAUUGUAGCUGCUGAGGAGGCAUUUACUCACAUCAAACGCAUGCAAGAUGAACAAGGUGCUCCUGUUCCUAUGGAUCCAAAGGAGGCUGCUCAUGCUGUAUUUCCGUCUAUGGCACGAGCAUUACAGAAGUACCUGCGUAUCACACGACAACAGCCCCGUUACACGAUGGAUGCAGUGCUGGAACAUCUGGCUGUGUGUGUGGGCCACGACAUGAGCCCGCGGGCAUUUAUCGAGCGUUACCUGACGCAGGGUCCAGUGAUUAUGGACGAUCACGCAUAUCGCCCCAUACAGAAGUGGGUUUUGGUUUGUGAUCAACUUCUUACUAGAGAGAUGGAACACAACACAGUAUUUCAGCUACGACAAAACGAAGUAUCGCUUCUUGUCACUGUGAAACGUAUUCCACAUUUUAAUCUCACGGAAGAGGUCAUUGAUCCUAAAAAUAACAAGUUUGUGUUGAGACUUAACUCAGAGACCUCCGUGUAAUACAUAUACAACAUUUAAUGCUAAGACUCAACUUGGAAACCUAAUUUUAAUCUCGAACGGCUAAGCUUUCUCAUAUAGGUUUCUUCAGAAGUAUCCAUAGCAAACAGAUUUGUUUUGAAAUCAGAAUUUCUGAAGGUUCUUCAGGGCAGUGUAAUCCAAAAACCUUAGCAAAGUGAAGUGGAGUCCAAAUAUUUGAAACUUCAUUUUUGAGAUCUAUCACUAUAUAUCUGUUGUGUUUUUCCAAAAUCAGGAAUCUCAAUUUUCACCAAUUCUUUUCCUUCAAAAAACUAAUCAAAAACUUCCAUAUGUAGGUUUAGCUUAGAUGUAACUUUCAUAUGAUAGAAAUACUGUGUAAUUUGGUGAAUAAGAAUAUUAUAGAAAUAAAUGCAGUGGUGGUUCUCUUGGGUUGAUGAGAGACGAAGGGGGUUAUAUCUAGCGUUAUAUUGGCUUAUUUUGAAAGGAGAGGGAAGUCUCUUCAAGCAGAAAAAAUUCAGUAUCAGUGCUGAAAGUUUGUAAUGAAUUCAGUUUCUGAGAGCUAAUCCAGCAAAAAUUUAAAAUCUAGCCAGUGUGAGGAUUUUGAAAGCUUGGUUUGUCAAACAUGGACAGUGGAUAUAGAAGCAAGUUGAAGUAAACAGAUUCAUAAAUGCUCUGUAAUAAACUGUAUUAUCUAGGUGUCUGUAUUUUGUCUUCUGGAGUAGUAAAUGAUGUCCAGAGACCAAUUUGUGAGAUAUAUAUGAGUUUAUAAAUGUUGUAACAGACAAACAUAGCUUUUAUUAUGAUCGAUGAGAAUUAAAAAAAGUGUUAGAUCAUCUUAAUGGGAACAAAGCCGUUGAAAUCUUUUGAGCAAUAUCUGCAAAUUUCAUGUCUGUUGCCUACUUCAAUGUGUAGUCUAUAUUUAGAAGAGUCAAUGUUACCCUCUUUGUAAUUUGGUCUUCUUAUGGAAAGUGAAGAUUUUUUACCGUUUUGUGGAAAGCAUUGUUGAAUAUUGCUAAAUCUACUUUUUGUUUUGUAUUUGAUACAUACAGUAUAUACAUAACUUCGGUAAUUAUUAAAAAAAAAUGAAAUAAAUAAAAAGAUAUUGUAUAACAUUUGAACAUGUGGAAUAAGGUAAAGUUAAAACAUAACGUGCCAUAAAUUUUUACGUAGUGUGUGGAGUGGAUGUAGUCAUUGUUGAAAUCAAAAUAUUCAUCAUUUUACACCUUAAUUCACCGUCACUUUAGGAUCAUGAUAGUAAUUAUAUGCCAUUAAAGACCAAAUUUCAUAGAUUUAAAUAAUCAACUUAAUUCAUUCAUUUUGAAAUACUUUGAAGUAUCAAAAUUAGAACAGUCCAGCCAGCAAAUGAAGUUAACUUCUGCAGGUGUAUACUAAUCUUUAUAUUCUUGUUUCUAAAAGACACCUUAUUGAUCAAGAAGUAAUCUAGAAAUUUUAAUUCACCCCUUUGUAGUUGUUUGGGGGGAAUGGGAGUUACCCUGUAUAUAAACAUUCUACUUUCAAUCAUCUUCACUGUGAGAGUUCGUACUUUGGUGCAUGAAACUGAUAAAAUAUAGCUUUAACUAGAGGAGCGAGCCAGUUUAUGUGGUAUUUCAUACAUGAAGAAUCUCGUAUGUACAUAACAUGUCAUGGUUCACCGAUCACAGGAAGCCAUCAUGUUGUCUAAGUAAUAUUAAGAUGUGUGAUCAGUCAACUGUGUUAUCAGUUUCACUGUAUGCAAGAUGUACAUAUAUAGCACUGUGUGUAGAUUUAAAGUGUGAAAAAAACACUUGAAAUAGUUUGAAUUUAGGAUAUAUUCUUCAACAUUUUGCCAUUUUUUAUAGUGAAACUUUUUUUGUAUUCAAUAUUUUAAGUAGAAGUCAAUAAAGGAGAAAGACAUAAUUUAAUACUGCAAUAACUUAUUUUGCUUUUUGCCUUUUGUAGAUAAUAUAACAUAUAAUCUCUUGUAAAGUAUGAUGAAAUAUUGCUAUGUACCUUCCUUGUUCAGUGGAGUGCAACCAGUGUAUAUGUAAAUGAUAUAUACAUGUCUGUGAACAAAAAAAUUCAUUCAACCUUUUGUAAGGUUGUAAACUUCUGAUUUAUGUAUAUAUAUCUGGAUCGAGUAUACACCUAGAUCAAAUGCCGGAUACUGCACAUGGUUUUGUUAAUUUUACACUUUUCCUUCUAAUUUUUUUUUGAAAGUAAAGGGUUUUGAUUCAUCAAUAGUACAAUCCAUUCCAUAGAAUAGACACUAAAAUUCUGUCCUCAGAAAGACUUGGAAACAACCCUUCCUAUAAAUUCUAGGAUCAAACAAAGUAAGCCUUGUGCAAUUGUAUCGAUACAUAAUCUUAUUAGAGGGCGUAAAAAAAAAGAAAAAAAUACUUAUAUUUUGGUUUCGUAGUUCACAAAUUUGUCCAUUGUAGUUUUUACCCAUCAUCUGCAUUUUAUCAAGUUGAAGGGUUAGUUAAGGCUGUAUGCCACCUUUAUGAGAUGUGCAGUGACAACUACUUUUUGGAAACAUCACAAAGAAAUAGGAAUGUUAGGAUUUAUAGGUGCUGGUUCAUCCAUGCAUACUGAACUACAUCAGAAUAGGUUUGUUCACCAUUCUUAUAUACACAUGUGACAAAAAGACCAAAACUGAGUGAACAAUUCAGUUUAUGUCCAGAUAGAUUAGGUAUCCUAUAGUAUUAUUCAUAAGCAUUGUACAGUGUAUGUAUAGUUUUCUACCAUCCAGAAGAUGCACUUAUGUCUUUUCAUAACUUCUGCAUUACAUUUUAAAAGCAUUUGGCAAUUUAUGUCAGAAAUUUUUGAUCUCAAAAUUUUAAUUUUUCUAAAGUCUGUCUGUAGAUAUAUGGAUCAUAUCGUAAGAGGUUGUGACUUAGAUUAUCCAUCUCUCAGAUAGUCCUGGUGCUUAAAGGUGACAAUAACCAAGGGAGAUAACCUGUUUUGUUGUAAAAAGCAAUAUUUGUCUUUAUUUACCAGUUGGAAUAAUUUAGUGCUACCUAAUACCGGGGCCUUUUUUGCUUAUUGGUUGGAUGAAGGUGUUCAUGAAAAAAGAUAGACUUCUGAGGUCAGUACAAACAUGUGCACAGGUACAUUGCUAGUACAUUUGAAUAUAGAAGAACCAGGUUAUCUGCAUUAAGGAACAUGCCCCUGCAUGUCCCAAUGCCUUGUGAAAUCCUAUCAUGGUUGAAUGGAGGCAAUAUUUUACAUAUACAUGUUACUAUUUUCAUAUGUCGGUCCUUCAGCAUCAGUCUCUACUCUAUGCAAACAACUUUGUAGAUAAAACACAAGUCAUGUCACUUGUAGGAUUGGGAUGUCAUUGAGCACUCCUUUUCAUUAGGUUAUCAUUAUUUAACUGUAUAUGGAAUGUGGAAUUUUAUCAACAUAAGAGGGGAGAUGAACAAGAUUUCACCAAAAAUCUUGACUUGUUUAAUUCUGUGCAGGUUUACAGUAUUACUGUUGAGAUAAGCAGCAAAAUAUUAUGUUUACUAUUGAUUUGUUGUAUUUUUCAUUAAUGCUUGGUAAUAAGCCCACCCAUAUCUAUUGUUAUUCAUUAGAAAUACUAUUUCAUUGUUCUGUAAUAAGCGCUCCUAUGAGAUGAUGUUUUUAUCACUAGGUUUACUCAAGAACUUCAUCUAAAUGUUGUCUGCUGUUUAAUCUUGUACAGAGCCAAAUGUCCCUAUGAAAGCCAAAUAUGUACCAUUACAACAAAAACCCACAGUGUAGCUUUAUUAUGCUAGCAUUGUCCUUCAUUGUCAUAAUUGCACAUCUAGUUUCUUGACCUUUAAAAUGUGUUGUGAUUGGUCAAUGUUACAUCAGGUGACCUUAUUAAGUUGUUGUGAUUGGCUGCCAUGAUACGGUAGUUCUUAGCCUGUAUUCAUUCAACCACUGACAUGCUCAAGAAAAAAAAACUGUCGCAAUGAACUGAGUAAUAUAACAAAUUAGUGUCUCUGCAUAAUUAUAGCUAAACAUUACUUACUAACAGAAAUUCAUGUUUCAUGAGAUUGAAAAGUUUGGUUAGAAAAUAGAUUAAUGAGCAUGUGAAUGGUUGCUUGGAUACAGGUCAUGGUAUUUUGUAAGUGUUGUGACCCUACACAAAACCCUUAAAUGGUAUGUAAAUUGUAGUAGUAUAUUAUCUUGUCUUGUAUAAAUGUUGAGAAAAACAUCGUUUAUUAAACUUACAACCUUUUUUAAAA